AUGGCUGCAGCCAUUUACUUAGUAAUUCACGAAUCGUCCGACGGCGCCACACUUAUAUGUUCAAAAACAAAAGUAGCACCUUUAAAGAAAAUCACCAUACCACGCUUAGAACUUACAGCAGCUCUGAUAUUGGCCAAACUAUCAGAUCACUUUAGAAAACAACUGCAGUUUAAGAUCACGAACGUAUACUUAUGGACGGAUUCAAAAGUAACACUAGACUGGAUCAAAGCACCACUAGCUCGCUGGAAAGAAUUUGUGUGUAACAGAGUCUCACAAAUUCAACAAUUAACUGAACACACUCACUGGAGGCAUGUACCUGGCACUCAAAAUCAAGCCGAUUGUGCAUCAAGAGGUACAACAACAGAACACCUAUCACAAAAUAAAUUGUGGUGGAAAGGACCACCAUGGUUGAUACAAAAUCAGCACACUUGGCCGAAACUCACAAAUGAAACACAAAGUUCCAGCCUGCUAGAAGAAAGACCAGGACUUACACUUUUAGCAACUCAAGACAAUAAAACGAAAACAUGGGAUCUUAUAAACAGAUAUUCAUCUGUCACUACAUUAUUUAAGAUCACAUCUCUCUGCUUCCGGUUUAUUUAUAAAUUGAAUUCUAAAUCUUUACAACCACAUGAAGCAUUAAAUUUAGCCAGAAAAUACUGGAUUAAGACCACACAAUUAGUGUAUUUUGCAACCGAACUACACACGUUACAAAAACAUAACAAUCUACCUACUCAUAGUGCUUUAAAUAAGUUAACAGCAUUCUUAGACUCUGAGGGAGUACUACGAGUUGGUGGGAGACUAGAACACGCAUCAUUAACUUAUGAUAACAAACAUCCAGCUAUACUACCAAAAAAUUCUCGCCUAACAAUAUUGCUGAUUGAACAUGCACACAAAGUCACACUUCAUGGUGGUACACAGCUCACAUUAGGACACAUUAGACAACAUUAUUGGAUCAUUGGAGGAAGAACUAGUGUAAAAUCAUGCAUUUUAAAAUGUGUGGUGUGUGCUCGACAAAGAGGGAUCCGUGCUCAUCAACAGAUGGGCCAACUACCUCUUCCAAGAGUAACACCUGCACGAGCAUUUGAGCACACAGGUAUUGAUUAUGCUGGUACAAUUAUAUUAAAAAAUUGGAAGUCAAGAGGAGCAAAAACAUACAAAGGUUGGAUUUGUGCCUUUGUAUGUAUGACUACAUCUGCAGCACAUUUAGAAUUGGUCACUGAGUACACUACUGAGGGAUUCCUUGCCACGUACAAAAGAUUUGUAUCAAGACGAGGAAUUCCGAUAACAGAUCAAGCAACUCAGUGGCAUUUCAAUCCUCCAGCAGCUCCUCAUAUGGGUGGUAAAUGGGAGGCACUAAUCAAAUCAACUAAGUAUCACCUAAAUCGUACCAUCGGAGAAACAAAGUUGACGUAUGAAGAAGCUUCUACUUUGCUAACACAAAUAGAAGCCAUACUCAAUUCAAGACCACUAGAACCUCUCAGUGAUGAUCCGACUGACCUUCUUACACUUACCCCAGGACACUUCUUAAUUGGAACACCAUUGCAAGCAAUACCAGAGCCGUGUUUAACAGAAUUGUCGACCACGAGAUUGUCUAGGUGGCAGUUUAUACAGCAACGUGUACAGCAGUUCUGGAAACAAUGGUCAACGCAGUACUUGCAACGACAACAGUCAAUUUCUAAAUGGCAUCACAUUACUAAUAAUAUCCAAGUUGGAUCCUUAGUUUUAAUUUCAGACGAACGAGCACCUCCUGGUCGAUGGCCUUUGGCAAGAGUGACCGAAUUACUACCAGGUUCAGAUGGAUUAACUCGAGUAGUGAAAGUUAAAACUGCUACAACUACAUUGACUAGACCACUUGCUAAGCUCAUUAUUCUCCCCAUGAACACUAAUCAAGCAUCAGCAAUGGAUUGCUGA